GUUGACUUCCGUUCACCCUUGUCAUAUAAACUUCGCGCGUCGCGAGGAGGUUAAACUGUCUUCAAAGCUUCGCCUUCACAAUGCCAACUACGAGCUUCAGGGACUGCCAGGCGUGGAGGGCAGAGGGCCUUCCACUGUCCACCACCAGCAAUGAGGCAUGCAAAAUGUAUGACGCCACGCUCUAUCAGUUUAUGAAUUGGAGGAAUGAUGAGACCUUGGGAGGAAUUGAAGGAUGCAUUUCUGCAAUCAAGGCAGCUGACCCUGACUUUGUUAUGGGCCAUGUGAUCAGUACGGGGCUGGAGCUGAUGGGAACGGGCAGCUCCAUCCGUCUGGAUGAGCGUCUGAACAGCGCUGUGAGGCGAACAGUGGAGCUGGCCAACAGCCAGAACAUCUCUCCCAGAGAGAGGCUCCAUGUCAAGGCUGUGGAGCUCUUGUCACGUGGAAAUUAUCCCGAUGCUUGCAGUGUAUGGGAAGACAUUCUGGCUGAUCACCCCACUGAUUUGUUGGCUCUCAAGUUUUCUCAUAAUUCCUACUUCUACAUGGGAGCCCAAGCCAACCUGAGGGACUCUGUGGCCAGGGUGCUGCCCUACUGGAAACCACAUAUGCCUUUUUACAGCUUCCUGAAAGGACUGUAUGCCUUCGGCCUCAUGGAGACUAACUUCUAUGACCGGGCUGAGAAGGAAGCCAUGGAGGCCCUCGCUCUGAGUCCAGAUGAUGCUUGGUCUGUCCACACCGUAGCCCAUAUUUAUGAGAUGAAAGCAGAGGUGGACAAAGGCUUGAAGUUCAUGGAGAGUAGAGAGAACGACUGGAAGAUAUCUGACAUGCUGGCAGGUCAUAACUAUUGGCACUGGGCUCUAAACUACAUCGAGAAGGGCCAAUACGAGGCCGCUCUGCAAAUAUACGAUUCUCAGAUAUUCACACGUUGUAAAACCUCAGCAGCCAUACUGGACAUUGUGGAUGGCAGUUCAAUGCUCAGCAGACUGGAAUUGGAAGGCGUGUGCGUGAAGGACCGUUGGCGAGAGCUGCUCCAGGUGACCCAACCGCACACCGAUGAUCAUGUGACCUUGUUUAACGACCUCCACUUCCUCAUGGUGUCGCUGGGAGCUAAAGAGAGCGGGACCUCUCAGCGUCUCCUGGAGGGCCUCCAGGACUUGGCAAAGGAACCAGGGGACAAUCAGCAGCAUCAGCUGGCUGGGACUAUCGGCGUACCAAUGUGUCAGGCCAUGAUUGAGUACAACCAGGGCAACUACAGUGGAGCCAUGGACAUACUGUAUCCGUUACGCUACCGCAUGAUAGACGUAGGCGGCAGUGAUGCGCAGAGGGAUAUCUUCAAUCAACUGCUUAUUCAUGCAGCCAUGAAAUCAAAGAAUAAGCACCACCAGAAACUGGGAAGAUGUCUCCUGGUGGAGCGUGAUACCAUGAGGCCAAACUCCCCUCUGACAGAUCGUCUGAUGCAGAGAGCCCUGGCUGUUCACGACUAGACCGACUGCAAGGUGCGCAGAGCAGUUCCCAUGCAAAAACCAUCAAAGCAACACCGUAAUCUGACGUGCUGACAUUUGGCUUUCGAAGGCUCCUUUACCAACUGGAGGAAACUUGGCACUGCCAUCAAGACUCCAGUUUUUAUGCAUCACUCUCACCCUUUUAGAUUGCUGACCUGCUAAGCUUUGAAUUUGCACACUUCUGAAGGUAAUGAGCUAAUAUACCACAAGGUGCCCAUUUGCAUGAUAAAAAGCACAUGCAUUAUGUGAGUUGAUUCUUUUAGCUAACAAAGCCAACGCCUGAACUCAAUAUGUAGCAGUGUACAUUUCUUUUCCUUCUGCAUUUUAUUAGCAAACAUCACAUUUAAAUAUAAAUACUUUUCAAGAAAAAAAGCUGCAUGUCAAGAUCAAUACAAAAACCAUGUUAAAAACCAAUAAAUGCACUCUUUUGCAUGUGUUGACUAUUUGAGUAGCACCAUAAAGUGCACCACACUUUUAUGUCCAUAAGAACAACACGUUUAAGAAUAAGAAAUGUACUCAAACGUCGCAGUGAUACAGCAGUGGUAGAAAAGAUGUCC